AUGGCUUCAUUCGCGCGCUCCUCCCUGCUGCGGCAGACCCUCGCGGCCCCCCGGUCGCCCUUCUGCAAGAAUGUCGGCGUCUCGCAGACCGUCGCCUUCCACGCCUCCGCGAAGAAGCAGAUCCUGCCUCCUCUGCCCCAGUCCGUUCAGGGUACCAUGAACGACCCUGCCCCCGUCCCCGAAACCCACCCCACCCACGGCAGCUACCACUGGUCUUUCGAGAGACUGGUCUCCGUCGGCCUCAUCCCUCUCACCAUCGCUCCUUUCGCCGCCGGCUCCCUCAACCCCGUCAUGGACGCCGUCCUGUGCUCUCUGAUCGUCGCCCACUCCCACAUCGGAUUCCAGGCCGCUAUCGUCGACUACUUCCCUCCCCAACGUGUGCCUAAGUUCCGCAGCCUCUGCAACUGGCUCCUGCGUGCUUUCACUCUCACCACUGCCGUUGGUCUGUACGAGUUCGAGACCAACGACGUUGGUAUCACCGAGGCCCUCCGUCGCAUGUGGACCGCAUAG